GAUAUUGGUAUUAACCUGACAGAUCCUAUGUUCAGAGGAAUCUACAGGGGAACGCAGAAACAUCAAGAUGACUUUCUGGAUGUGGUAGAAAGAGCAGUCAAAGUUGGUGUUAAAAAGUUUUUGAUUACAGGUGGAAGUCUGCAAGAUAGUGAAGAUGCAUUGCAGCUGGCACAGACAAAUGACAUGUUUUACAGUACAGUUGGCUGUCAUCCCACCCGCUGUGCAGAAUUUGAGCAGAGUAGCCCCGAACAGUAUUUAUCUGAAUUAAAAAAUCUGAUUGAAAAAAAUAAGACAAAGGUAAUAGCAGUUGGAGAAUGUGGCUUAGAUUUUGAUAGAUUAGAGUUUUGCCCAAAGGACAUCCAACUCAAGUAUUUUGAAAAACAAUUUGACCUGUCAGAACAGACACACCUGCCCAUGUUUCUCCACUGUAGAAACUCACACACUGAAUUUUUAGACAUAAUGAGAAGAAACCGAGAUAGAAUGGUAGGAGGGGUGGUACAUUCUUUUGAUGGCACAAAGGAAGAAGCAGCAGCUAUAAUAGAUUUGGAUCUUUAUAUUGGAAUAAAUGGCUGUUCACUGAAAACAGAAGCCAACUUGGAAACGCUGAAAUCGAUUCCUAGUGAACGAUUAAUGAUAGAGACUGAUGCGCCUUGGUGUGGAGUAAAAAAUACUCAUGCUGGAUCAAAAUACGUUAAAACUACAUUUCCUACAAAAAAGAAAUGGGAAAUAGGGCACUGCUUGAAGGACAGAAAUGAACCCUGCCAUAUAAUUCAAAUACUGGAAAUAAUGGCAGCAGUAAGAGAAGAUGACCCGCUCGAGUUGGCCAAUACUCUAUAUAACAACACUAUUAAAGUCUUCUUUCCAAAUAUAUAA